AUGAUAAAUUGCCUGAAUAAAAAAAUUGAAAAGAAAACCAUGGAAUUUCAUGAGAAAAAACAACAAAUUUUGAAGGAAAUCCAGAUGAAACAUGAAAAUAUUUCAAAAAUUUUGAAAGAAAAUGAAAAAGUGGGAGCGAAGAUAAAAAGUCUUGCUGCUAUGGAGGGUCUUAAAGAAGGUUAUAACAAUGAUCUUACUAAAAAAUUAAAUAAAUUGCAAAGAUGUUCAGAUAAACUUAAUGAGGAAAUUAUUAUUGCCAACUCUUCAAUAGUCGAGUAUGAAGCUAAGCAUAAAAUUUUACAGUACAAAAUAAAAGAAAUUACUGAUAAGGAAUCACAAUUGCAAAGUAUGAAGCAAAAUAAAAUUGAAAAAUCAAAUAAAUUAAAAGAAGAAAUUUUUGAGAAACAAAUACAUGUAGAUAAGAUUAAGCGAAGUAACAAAAUAUUAAAAAAUAAAAUAGAAAAACUGAAGGUUGAGUGUAGCUCAUUAGAUAAAGAGAUAAAAAAGGCUUACAUUGAAGAUCUAAGCAUUUAAAAAAAGUUAAAUCAUAAGGCCAUAAGCGGAUAGCCUCUAGUCUGUAUAUAUCUGGCGUAAACCCAGCUAACCUAAGAAUUAGCUCCCUAGGCUAGAGCCACCUCUUGGAGAUGCUCCGUUAGUCCCGAUAAGCAAAGACUAAAUGGGAGAUGAAAACCUGUCUAACCCAUUUGGCAGGGACAGGGGAAACCUUUGGGGGGUAUGAAAACUCCUUCUUCGGCAUCUUCAAACUCAACUUCGACUUCUAAAAGUGGCAGAGAUACUAUUUUCAGCUUCAUCGGAGUGGGUCCUAUCUGAUCCACCGAGAUGUGUUUCAGAGUCAUCUUUUGUCGGCGCCAUGAUUUUAUUUCUGGAGAUCUAAGCAGGAAUCCACUAUUAGAACAUUCUAAGGACCCCUAUAAAUUCCUUAGAAUGGCUGUUAACGCUCAAUCUCAAGAAAUUAAAGAACUUCAAGCUCAGAUACAAAAAUACAAAAACCAAGAAAUCUAUAUAAGCCCAAACAGCUCUGAAUCGAUAUCCCGCAAAGAUUGCCAUUGUGUAAUACAAUAA